GCUGCCGGACCACUGAAAUGAACCCAUGGCCAGCCAAACGUGGAGUCCCCUGCAUCCGAGCCCGGGGUUCCUGUUGAAGUGCGGCAAGGAACACGAAAAGCUCAAACUGAAAAUCAGAAGCGAGCUGCAAGCGCACAUGCUCAACCUGUUCGAAGAGGGCCUGUUCUCGGACGUGACCAUUGAGUCCCAGAGUGCCGAGGACGGGGCAGGGGCCGUCCUCAGGGCCCACAAGGCCGUCCUGCUGGUGAGGGUGCCGGCCUUCUGGAAGGAGCUCACCACAACCUACGCUGCGUCGGGGGAGGACCCCAAUGCCUUCGCGGUUAGCCUGCACGAGGGCUGUCUCAGAAGCUUCUUGAGGAGCGUCUACUCGGACGACGACAUCCGGCGACAAGAGCACGACAUCCUCCGCGCCCUCCGCUCCCGGAAUGCUCCUUCGAGCGGCGACGAGGACGGUGACGACUCUCACAGCACGACGCACGACGCCGGGGACAAGCACCCGCACAAGGACCCCCCACCCGAAGCGACUGAGGUCACAAACUUCUCCGUGUCACUCGAGCAGCGCGGAGCCGAAGAUUCCCUCGAAAACUUCCGCUCCUGCUUCGUCGAUGACGACGCGUGUCAGAAGGAACCAGGUGCGGCUCACGGUGAUGAGGAACCGACAGACAGCCUCCACGAAGGAUGCAGAGACGACGCGUCCGAGAACAGAGACGAGCUCUCGGUGAGCAUGAGCAGCAGCAUGGUCCGCAGCGGAACGUUCGACCUGCAGAGUCAGAUGCCGCUCGAGAUGGCGCUUGAGAAGCUGACUGCGGACAACGAGGCAGACGGCAGCGAAACUGCGUUGAGAACGGAGGCGGAGGGAGCCGAGGAGCGGGAGGUGCCCAGCGGUAGCAAAGACGCUACCGGGAUCCGACCGUCCGAUGGCUCGGCGAAAGGGCACCCGGCAACGAUGCCCGCCUUCUUCCUGCACGAGAAGUCAACGGCUGCGAUGGCGGUGUCUUACCAGUGUGCCCCCAGGACACCCGAACAGGGCACGAGCCAGCUGUGGGGACGGGAAGCGGGCGUCGUCGGGAUGGGGGACUCGGGGUUUCUGUCUCAGAACACUUCCGUGAACGAGUGCGUGGCGUACGACAGCCUCAACGAUCCGGGAGGGCCAACCGAAGUCCAAGAGGCAGAGAGCGAGCCAGAAGACUUGGACGCACAGGGAAGACGGCCCUCAGGAGCGCUUUUCCCCUUUUACAUCGACAUGAGCAAGGCGAGAGCGGAGGAAACGCAACGGGAGCAACCGUCGUCAAGCUCGGCCACGUCGUCCGUUUACAUGUGCAUCGAUGCCAAGAGCGGCGACGACGGACCAGGCGAAGGGAAGCCGGCCGUCAACGAGAAGUCCGUCGAGGACGCUUCGAAGCGGCCCCAGUCAUGCUACAUGUACGUCGACUUCAACUCCGUGCACAGGGAGGAACCGUGCAGCAAGCCCACGCAGUCUCCUCGAAUGCCAAGGACUCUCUCCCUCUCCAUGUUCAUUGACAUCAACGACGAACACAGCGAGAGCGUCGUGAAUGCGCAGGAAGCCUACCGCAACUACAGGCAAGAACCGGGGCAGAAGAAGGACGUCGCAGACAUACAAGGCGGUCUCGUCGGACGACGCCUGCGCCAGUGGGAACAUUUCGAGCGGGAGGAAAUCCUGGUUGUGUCGGAAGAGUUUCCGGUGCGACGGGAAACUCCCAACACGGUCGCGCCCGCGAACGACGACCGCUUUGUCGGCGCGUCGCCCAAGAGGCUCCCCGAACACGUUGCGAGGCAGCAGGGUGCGGCUCCCGACGUCUGUCUGCUCCCGAUGAGCCCCAUCCUUAGACGGAAGACGAAGCCAGAGCCGGUCAAACCCGCCGCGAAGCCUGCCGCCAUCAAGUCUUCCACCCGGCCGCAGGACAUCGACGCCAUGACCUUCCGCAGGAGCGAACCGUCCGGGCACGACAGCGACUCUCUCGAGCACGACAGCGACAAGGAGGUGGACGCACCCAAGACACCAGAGGUCAAGAAGUCGCCUUCCACGCCGGCGCAACGGCAUCCAGACGAGCCGAGGCUACAGCCGCCCAAGCCUCUCAAGUUACCUGACGGUCCGGUGCCUUCAGCGGAAGUGAUCCACCAGCCGCCUCCUCCGUCUCCCGGGUACGGAGACGACGAUUCGGAGACGGUGUACUCGGAGGUCUCGGAUGUGAGCUGCCUGUCAAGUCUGGACCGGAGGAUGCAAGAGUCCGGCUCCAGCCCCGAGCGUCUGGGGGCAUGCUCCAAGCUGGGUGACGACCUUCUUCGGAUGUUUGUGGGGCAGGUGGAGACAGACAUUUUUGUUCGAGUGGAAGGGAAGGACAUUGGUGCACACAGGUUUAUUCUAGCAUCACGGUCCGAGUACUUCUCUUCCUUGCUGAAAGACCAAGACGCCGAGAGUGUCAUUUUCAUGGACGGCUUCACUCAUGCUGCUGUGCUGUUCUCGCUGCAUCACCUGUACGGCGGUGCAGCACUGCCCCCCAAGGAGGUGCAUGUCUCGGAGCUAGCCCUGCUCGCGGAGAUGCUCGGCCUGGAUGGCCUCCGCCGGGUCGUCCUAUCCCACAUCCGCACCUACUACUGCCACUUCUUCCACAAACCCUGCAGCCAGUGCAUUUCCGGGGUGGCAGAGUGCCUGCAAAUGGCGCCGUGUGGCGGCAUUCGGGACCUGCAGAAACGGUCGAUCCAGUGGGUGGGCCGCUACUACUGCCGGGUCUGGCCACACCGGGCCUUUGCGUCUGUGCCCGAGCCUCAGCAGCAGCUCUGCUACGAGGCCACACUUCAGGCCCUGACGGCAGAUACAGCCAUCGAGAUGGCCCUGAACUGCGAGCGCCUGUCGGUGACGCUUCCCCGCGUCCGCUGGGCGGAGGGUGCCCUGCUGCUGGUGGGGCGUCUGGUGCAGGACUGUGUGUCGCUCAUGGCCAAAGAGUUCCACCUGGUGCUGCAGAGCAAGGGCUUCAUGGACCUCGGCAAGGGGCAGAGCUGGAACAUCACGGCCCUGGAGGACACGAUUCUGUCGGCCGUGGAAUUGCUGUCGCCGGACGUGGCCUGCCUGUCCUGCAUCCUGCUGGCACAGACGCUGCCCGAGGACGAGGACUCAAACCCAGAGCAGGUUCCCGAGUGGACCCAGAAUUUUACGGACCUACUGCGCAAGGUCCAGCGGCAGUGCGAGCGCUUCCUGAUCCACAACGCCAAUCGAGUGGUCCACUGCAAAAGCUGGGCGGCGCUCCCCGCCCAGCUGCAAAAGAAGAUCAAAGACGCUGCCGUCAUCGUGUUCGAGUUUGAGAAGCCCAUUGCGCCGCCUCCGAGGCUCUCGAGCUUACGCAGGAAGCCCCGGAGGAAGUCUACGGGGACGUCCCAGGCAUGCGAGGCGGGAGAGGGCAGCCCCCCGGCACCCAUGCGCAAGCCCUCCCGCUCCUUCUCCCGUGCCGUGUCCUCCUCGCCCAGGACCUCGGGCAGCGACUCGUCCGAACUGCCCGGCUCUGCGGACAAGAGCAGCCGGCCCAUUGCCACCACCUCGCUCACGUCUUCCUUCCACUCCAGGGAGGCGGCGUUUCGACGUGCCGAGGAAAAGCCCACCUCGCCGCCGGAGCGGAGGUCCGCGCCCUCUGGGGUCAUGUCGGAGAGCCUCGAGAGCUACAGGGAGUCUUCGUCGGACUCCGGGAAAGAACAGGCACCACCCAUCCCAGCGGAAAAGAAAGUUGCGACUGGGGCACGGACUGCAAGAGCAAGAACCACAAGAGGUUCACGGUCUUCUCCUAACGUGCCGGGUGAACUCGGCGCACGUCCCAAGUCUGCAGCCACAUGGGGCCCCGCCUUGCCUCCCCCGUGCCCCCCCAAGCCGCUCACCAGCUGGGGUAGUCCGCAGUCCAGGCCGCCCACGCAGUACUUCCAGAGUCUGCGUCACGUCACCUCCAAGGUGGACACAGGGCGCGCCGUGGGCGGGUCCGUGCCCCGCCCCGUCGGACAGGUGGUUCGCGUGCCCCCCUUCACCAUCAAGGGCGAGCCCCACGUGCCCCUCAACCUCCGCCUCCCCGCCCCCGGCGCGGAGGCAAACAACAACGAGAAUGACGCAUACGAUGACGACUCCAUGGCGACGGAAGACACCUCGCCGGAGGACGCGGCGGAGCAGGAGACGUCCCCGGACUUCGUCGCCGAGAUUGACGCAGAAUCCAACCUCGUCAGCCACUGCCUGCACGAGGCGGAACUGCUGGAGCGGGAGCUGUCGCGGAAGUUGCGCAAGCAGAAGAGGGACCCCGAGCCUCUCUACACGAGGCCCCCCGGCAUCCGGGGCUCGGCCCCGGACCCGAGGAGGAGGGCCGCGUCGACGUCCUCAGUGGCCCCGACGAGGUCUGCCGGAUCAGUGGCAUCGGCACGGAGUCCGUCGGUCAGGGCGGAGGGAUCGGCGCGGUCUCCCAGGGGCGUUCCACCUUCGAGGGGCGGACCCGUCGUAAACGGGAGGUUGGAGCCGCGGAUGCGUCGGGUGUCGGGCAUUGCGGUGUCGACGCAGGGAAAGGUGCCUGCCAACCGUAGAUGAUGACGAGGAUGUAGGAAUCGUUGCUGGCUGUUAACGGACGCCACAAUGUGUUGUCUUUGGUGACGUCGUCUUCUGUGGUCAUGUCUCGAUGAGUAAGUUGCUCGUUCGAGAUGGUAACAAGUUUGGCAUGGUACCUGCACGAAGUCUCGCUAGGCGAACGCUUCUCUCUUUUGUUGUGUUUUUGAAGUGAAGGGGUCAUGCUGGACUCAUCACAUUUAAAGGGAUCCUUUGGAGACAUUAGCUGUGUGUGUCGGGCUUGUGCUUGGCACUGC